GUGUUGCCCACUAGAGAGCGCCGUAGGCCUCUUACAGGAGCUGGUUUACUUGAGGCCCAUCAACCCAAUCGACGCUGCGCCACAGUUGGCAUCCCCGACAAAGGCGAACGACAAAAACACAUUACAGUUAUUGCACCAGGUACUUCCAUGUUUCCUCCCCUUCACCAGAGGUUCAUCCACAGAUCCCCAAUCAAAAUAAGACACUCUACCCCAGAGUUUAGGUAUGCAGUAACAAUCCCUACAGAGAGGCAUCAGCUCAUUUUGGGGAGAGCAAACGUGUUGUCACCUUCCUCACUGGCGCCAAGACCACCCAAUUUAGCAUCAUUCUAAGAACGAGCAUGUGCUCACAAAGAGCACCCAGUGAGAUAUCAGUUUGACCAAAGUAAUUUAGUUGAUGGCAUUAUUUCUGUAAAAUAAACAAAGUUACUUUAGUAUGUGUUGUCCGAUGUUUUUCUUCUUUUUUUUUUAUAUGUUACUGUUUUGAUGAAAUUAAGAACCUCUACUUACCUGAUAGCACACACCAUUUUAUAAGCACACCUCUGCUACGCCAUUACGCAUGCGGCCUAACGUCGUGGUUUUCCCCUUUGCUUCAUGUCACUACGGGGUAGUCGCUGUCUAUCAGCUGAGUUCCCCGCCUCUAUCGGUUAUCUCACAGUCGUACACCGCUAUCUUUAGUAAGGCUUACCGCGAAGUUGCGCAGGCUCAGACUGCCCACGAACUCUACCUGGAAAGACUCGAAAUCCCUUGUUUUUAUUUUUGGUUUUCGCUCGUUUCAUGAAAGCGUGGUCUACAUUUUUAAAAUAUGGAAAAAUGACACGUACAUUCUCGCCCUGUUCCGUCUGAUGUGACAAGCGUGUUCCAGGAUGUUCCUUCGGAAACGCAUCGACCGACUUCCCAGGUCCAGGCUUUGUCCCGGGCUUCUGUUGUGUAUUGUAUUAGCUACCGUAGCGGCCAGUGUUCCAGCGAAGCAAUGCCCUCGACACAUAGACUGUGCCCAGGAGAGGCGGGAAUUCUGCCAGCGGGGCUCCUCCCACUGUGGGCCGUGCCUCACGCCAUUCGAGGAGGAUGAAGAAGGGCAGUGCGUGGUCCGGAAACACCACCGACCCGACACCUCUUUUUCGGACUUGGAUGAAGAAAUUGACUUCCUGUCCUCUGUCAUUGCCAAACAGCAGCAGUCAAAAGACAAACAAUCAGUUCAGUCACCUCAGGUGACGCCCAGGUCUCGGGCAGACGGAGGCUCCCAGCAGCGUGCCCUAAACCAGCAGACCACCACGCCUAACUCCUCCACCCCGACACACACCCCCCCCAAACCCCCACAGCCCCUCACCCAGGUGGGCCGCCGCGGGCCCGACGCCGUGCCCUACCCCUCCAAGGACACCCUCCUCGUCAUUGUAAUCUCCAUCUGCAUAAUUGUUGGAACAAUAUCUCUGAUCUGUGCGACAGUCUUCUGGAUAAAACUGCAAAGAGAGUCGCGGCUGACGAAGAAGGUGGACUACCCCGCAUUUGGGGCAGCAGGCCCAGUGAAGAUGCCCUCUGCCAAUGGAACUUCGCAGUCUGGGGAUAAGGCUUUAGCUCAGAGUGCCCAGAUGUACCACUACCAGCAUCAGAAGCAGCAGAUGCUUUCAUUGGGAAAACAUAAGGGCAAUCCCAAAGUCUCCGAGGAUGGGGCUCAAUCCGAUGAGGAGAAUGAGGAAGGGGACUUCACUGUCUACGAGUGUCCAGGACUAGCACCGACUGGAGAGAUGGAGGUGAAGAACCCGCUGUUUGAUGACUCCACUCUAAACCAGCCGAGGAAUCACAAGUGACCUGGACACACACACACACACACACACACACACUGAUUCCAGUUCACAAACCCAAACCUCACCUGAUGCCCUUUGCGACAGAUGGCCCUUAGAACAAACCUAAUAAAGAGCCUGACAGAAAAGAAGAAGAAAAGAUUCAUGUGGACUUCCAUACUUCUGUGGACCUUUUUAAUGUGUUCACAACCCCUUCUGAACCUCUCCCUCUCUCUUUCUCUCUCUCUCUCCCUCCCUCUCUCUCUCUCUCUCUCUCCCUCUCUCUCUCUCUCUCUGUCUGUCUAUCUGUAAAGCUUUUCUUUUUUCUGUUGUACUGGACAUGGUCUAUUGUUGCGUUACUUGCAUUACUAUAUUUCUGUUCACUGUAGAGUAGGGCUUGGUGAUAGAAUUAUGUGUUUUAAUGUGACACUGUCUCUCAAAUUUCCUAUGCACUAACAACCUGGUCAAAAACAACAUUCUUUCACCCAAGGGUAACUAUGCUGUACUGAUACUCUUGUCUUGUGGAAGGGAAGUUUUUCAGUUUCUCUCUCACCCCCACCCCCCACCCCCUUCUCUCUCUCGCUCUCUCUCUACCCCCCAUCUCUCUCACUCUCUCUCCCCACCCCAACCCCCUUCUUGCGCUCUCUCUCUCUCUCUCUCAUUUCCUUACACUAUUAUAUACACUAAGACUAAGGCAUCAACUGAUCUAGGAUCUGAUGUAUAAUUAGGCUCCCUCUGUCUGUCCCUGUCACCCCUCUGCCGUCCUCUCCCUUUUCUCUGACCUAAUAACUGUGUUGAGGGAAGAGCAAAGGCUGAAAUCAAAUCAAAUAUUUGUCAUGUCAUGUCUGUAAAUAACAGAAACCAUUGUCAGCCGAAACCAUUUGGAUGAAGGGUCGAGACAAAGCUUCCAGUCAAGCUGUGAAAACAUAUUUUUUUUUACUUUGUAGUAGAGCAACAAAUGUGCGUCUACAUUUUUUUUUUUUUUAGUUCAAAGGAGAUGUAACAUAUUUUCCUGACAUACAUUUUUACCUUUGUUCUAUGAAAUGUAAAUUCAUCUCAGAAAGAUAUCAGAAGUUUCAGACUGUUUAAAAUCUUUGUCUGUCAUUCAUUGCAAGUCAAUGUCAAUAACCACUAGUGUCUCUCCUUGAAACAUAUCAGAAGUCAGAAACUGACCAGAAGCACUUCAAGUCUGCAGGAGUACCGCUAAAUUAGAAGGAUUGUUCAUUAACUAAGUUGUCUACAUGUACUAAUACAAAUGAUGAUUAUACAACAGUUUCUUUCUGUUUUUCAACACAGAAGUGAUAAAUGAUGUCACCUUUUGUAUAUCUGUACGUACGAGACCCAAAUAAACAUUGACGUCAUUCUAAAAGUGUCAUUGUAAACUGUGUGAAUUAAAUUACAUUUCAAACCUCAAA